AUGGAACCCUUUUUAAAAGGCGGCAACGAAUUCAGGCAUAUGGCUCGCAUCCAGGGCACGACGCGCGCAUGUGGGCGUCGUAGCUUUGGCAAAUCGCAUGCGUUGCUUCCCCGUAUCGUGUCGUCCUAUCGCCACCCUCCUUUCCAGCUGUCUUACUGUCAAAAGCCCAAAAACAAUAAACCUGACCCCCCUGCCCUUACACCUCUCCUCUCUCGCAUCGAUAAGCGGGAGCCGCAGCCGCAGCCUCAGCCUCAGCCCCAGAACCCGACGCUCGAUAGGAACGCCGACCUGGAUGAUAUUUGCCGCAGACCGGGUAACGUCUGUGGCGCCAAGCGCGACGUUGCCCCCGCCGCGGCCGCCCAGCCCCGCGCCAUCCUGACCCCCGAGGAGAAGGCGGAAUGCAGCCAGCCCGGCUUCAGAUGCGUCACCCGCCGCGAGCGCGAGCAGCGCCGCGUCAAGGCCAGCCAGGUGGAGCCGUCUUCGGGGGCUUUGACCAGCCCCGCAUCGUCGGGCCGUCAUCCAGGGCAGCAGUGUGCCUAUGGUGUCAAAUGCUCUGCGUCACCUGUCUCUAAUCGGCCGGAGCCAGGCCCGGGCGCUGGCGUCCUGCUGCGCGAGGUCGUCCCUGGCGGUGUCCGAGUUCGGGGGUCGGGCGACGGACAGCGGGUUGAAGAUUCAGAUGCCGUCGCGGUGCGACCGCCGGACACGCUCCCCCCACUGCGCUGCUCGGCCAACCCUCUAGCUCCUGGCAGGCCAUAUCACAAGCACACGCAGUCAUAUUAUGCAGGUUCCGAGGCUUUUUCGGUGCAGGCGGGGGGCGAGGGUGAACUGGCUGAAGUUUUCACCAUGCUCUCGGGUAAUGCGCGGGGGGGCCGGGGCGGAAACGAGCCCUGA